AUGAUGAAAAAAGCUUAAGAGAUUCCAGAAUUAAAAGCUUAUGAUCCUUAUUAACCAAAUGAUGAAUUAUUAGAUAAAUUCACAUAGAUAGGUAAAGAGAUCUUUAAAAAUUCUAAUGGCAAAGAAGCAACUGAGGAAUAAGUUAGCACAUUUAGAAAUUUCGCAAGACUCUAUGGAGUUGAUCAUUGUCCUGUCUAUUCUGUUAUAGGUAGUGUUGCAUCAUAAGAAUUGAUAAUAUCAACUAGUAGAAUUAAUGAACCAGCAUUAAAUUGGUUUUGUUAUGAUAGUGAAUAAUGUUAUGGUUAAGUAGAAAUUAUUUAGGAUAUUUCAUCAUUCCAAAUCAAACAUUUACCUGAGAGAAAACAAUUAAUUCCUAAAGAAUGA